GAGAGUGCAAAGAACUAACGGUCAAAUUACGUUGGGACAAAGAAAUCAAUGCAACAAUGUGCCAUAAUUCGGGCAUUGAAAAAGGCGAGCAGCAGAUUGAACGGUACAUGGCCUUCGGUUUGCCCUCGCGCGCCGUCAAGAGCGUGAAGUACACGAUGCGCAAGCGAGAGAAGCAGCUGCAGAAGAAGGAGCAGCAGAAGCUGCGACAAAGGCAGCAGCAGCAGGAGCAAUACCUGGAAGAGCUGGAGCUGAGCAGCAGCAGUGACAGCGGCAGCAGCAGCAAUAACUACAGCGACAGCGAAGAUAGCGGAACCGAUAUCACCUCCAUGCAGCUGGCCUCAGCAGAGGCAGCACAAAUGGUGGACACAGACACAGACCCAGAGCCAGAGGCAGCAGAGACAAAAGCAGAAAUAGUAACAUGCGGCGCUGCAGCAGUGGCUGUGACAGCGGCAGUGACAGUGGCAGUAGCAGAGAACCUGACAUUAACAGAGACCCACAACACAAAGGGCAGCAGCAGCAACAACAACAGUGAGAUCUUCAAAAUUCCCAAAAUGUGCGGACGCUUCCGCAAACUGCAACAGCAACAGCAGCAAGAGCAACAGCAACAGGUGGAGGAUAUUUCUCAGCUGAAAGCACAGCAGCAGCGAAAGCUCAGCUCGAUGGAACCCUCGAUGGACGAUGCCCUCGCCAUUGGCACCCAAAUGACGCGCAAGGUAUCGGAACGGAUCGCCUGUUUGGUCGCCCAGCUGCAGGGCAGUCGACUGUACACAAUACUGACGCGUACCACACAGCCAGCACACUUGAUAGCUGUCUGCAUCUUGGUCUUUGUGCUGAUGACUGUCGGACGCGACCUGAUCGAGGGUAGCCCCGCAACGACACCAACAACAACGACGAGAACUCUGAGCAGCAGCAGCUCAACCGGAGGCGGAGGAGGUAGCGGCACGCUGCCGAACCUCGUCUAUCUGGGGGCAUUCGCCACUCACUUUGGUUCGCAGAUCUGGAUGACAUUCGUCUCGGGCCUCUCGCUGUACUUCUCCCUGCCGCGCCACAUCUUCGGGCAGUGCCAGCAGAUCCUGUUCCCCCGGUACUUUGCCUUCAACGCCGUGCUCAGUCUCACGAUGCUGGUGACCUAUGCAAAGUACUUCCUUAGUGGCUGGACGACGGCGUCGGGCAUCCAGGUCGGAUCGCUGGCGCUGGCGGCGGGCAUUGAGGUGGUGGUGCGACUGUAUCUGGUGCCGCCGAUGCUGAAGCUGAUGCACGAGAAGUACAAGAUCGAGGACGCCAUCGGCAGUGGCCAGGAGGUGGGCAGCCUUGUCCAAGGCGAUCUGAUCGACUGUCCGCACUAUCAGCGCGUCCACAAAGGCUUCCGUCGCAUCCACAUGACCAUUGCCAUUGGCAACAUGACCGUCAUGCUGGCCACGUGUCUGCAAUUGUAUUUUCUGGCAUCGAAAAUACAUCUUAGCUAGGGCACAGCUGCACACACAACAAGAGAGGAGAUGAGCAGAGCAGAGUGGAGUGUUCGGCACCGAAAGAUCAUCUGUUCUGGCAUCCAAGAAUUUAUAAAUUUAUCCUAGAGUCUAAAGAAUCAUUCAAAUCAUUUCAAAAUGCACGACCACACACGCCACGCCACGCAUUCUCUCGAUUGUAUUUAAAUGUUCAACGAUUAAAUUCCACAUUCAAAAGUCA